UCUCGUUCAUAAGAUUUGACAACACUUUCAGUCUCACUGAGUACCAUUCCACAUCUUCGAUUCAAAUGCCUCCCGUACACCCUCACCCUUUCGAUCCACUGCAGCCGGGUGAGAUAACACAAGCUGCGGCCAUUGUUCGUUCACGGUUCUCUGAAUAUCAGAUUAAUUUCCGUGUUAUCACCCUCAAGGAGCCGGCAAAAUGUCAGAUGAUCAAAUACCUCGAUGCGGAGCGCGUGUCAACAGGGUUGCCCCCGCAGCCGCCAUGUAGACUCGCUCGCUGUCAGAUCAUUGUCACACGACAAGGAAGAACCGAGUUCCGAGAGCUCAUUGUCAACCUGGACGAGCGUGCCAUGACUUCAGACACGCAUCUCGUGGGAAAGCACUCUUAUAUCGACUCUGACUACAUGCAAGCUGUGGAGAAGGCAUGUCGCGCAGACCCAAGAGUUCAGAAGCAGAUCGACACUCUCAAGCUGCCGGAUAAUGCACAUGUCAUUGUCGAAGCAUGGGCAUAUGCGACGGACGGGGAGAAUGAUAUGACGGAACGAACGACCAUGUGUUGGUUCUACAUGCUGUUUGGGGACAACCCAGACGCAAACUAUUACGCAUAUCCCCUAGACAUAUGCGCUGAAGUGUCGGAAGAUUUGACAGUUCAAAAAGUGUACCGUCUGCCAUCCGCUGCAAACGAGACAGAGAUCCACGAUGAGGCGCGAGCUUUCGACAGGCGGAGGAUUCAACCUUGUGAUGAGAGUGAAUAUCAUCCCGACCUACGUUCCUCGCAACGUACAACCACCAAGCCUCUUCAAGUUGUGCAGCCUGAGGGCGUGUCUUUCGAGACACAGGGAAACCUCUUGAAGUGGGAGAAGUGGAGUCUAAGGGUAGGGUUCAACUACCGCGAGGGGCUUACCUUGCACGAUAUCCGCUACGAUGGAAGGAGCCUCUUUUACCGGCUGUCUUUAGCAGAGAUGUUCGUUCCAUAUGGAGAUCCGCGACCACCUUUCACGCGCAAAGCUGCAUUCGACCUCGGAAACGACGGUGCUGGUAUCAAUGCCAAUAAUCUACGGCUUGGCUGUGACUGUCUGGGAUCGAUCAAAUAUUUUGAUGCAUGGCACAAUACCAGCUCAGGCAAGCCUCUGAAGAUGCCCAACGUCGUUUGCUGCCAUGAACAAGAUGAUGGUAUUCUUUGGAAGCACACCAAUUUUCGCACAAACAAUGCAGUUGUCACCCGUGCUCGCAUUCUUGUGCUGCAGACCAUCAUCACGGUGAGCAACUACGAGUACAUAUUCGCCUUCCAAUUUGGACAGGACGGCUCGAUACAUUACGAGGUACGUGCCACCGGCAUUCUGUCCACAGUGCCCAUCGACAUUGGAGAUGAAGUUCCUUUUGGCACGGUGGUAGCUCCAGGUGUGCUUGCACCAUACCACCAACAUCUGUUCAGCCUCCGGAUUGAUCCCGCACUUGAUGGCCACCACAACUCUCUUCAAAUAGAGGAGUCCCACGCGAUGUCGUCUGCAGAGAUGGAAGAGCAUGCUUUCGAUCCGCACCGAGUCGGGUAUGCUACGAAACAAGUUAUCGUCGAAGAAGAAGGCGGGUUCGAUCUGGACAUCUCCAAGGGAAGAGUCUUUAAGAUCAUCAACGAGCAAAGCAUCAACCCCAUCACCAGUACUCCAGUCGGCUUCAAGCUCUUUCCCUCUCCAAGUCAAACGCUUCUCGCCCAUCCCGACUCGUAUCACGCCCGACGAUCCGAGUUUGGCCAGUACGCGGUCUGGGUAACGCGCUACAAUGACGAAGAAAUGUUUCCUGCGGGGCGGCACACCAUGCAGUCUUUGGGCAAUGAGGGCAUUGCGACUGGGAUCAAACGAAGGCGUCAGGACCCCGAUGCGCCCACAUCAGUACGAAACGAGGAUAUUGUAGUUUGGCACACUUUUGGAUCUACUCACAACCCACGCAUCGAGGACUGGCCGGUGAUGCCAUCAGAAAAGAUGACAGUCACUCUCAAGCCUGCAAACUUUUUCAGAGGAAACCCGGGGCUCGACGUUGCGACUUCGAAGCAGUCGGUGAACAGGUCUGUCCUGGUUGGUAGUAGUGUGGCUGAGGAGUGUUGCUCGCAUGCAAAGUCUAGAUUGUAG